AUGGACCCCAUUCCGAGCUCGACCGCCGUCUCAGCCGCUCGCGUCAUGUCGGCGACCGAGCUUCGACGACAAAUCCUGGCCGCGAUGACACCGAACAUGACAGCAUUUAUUAGGAUGCGACUUGCCAAGAACGCCGUUUAUAAAAGCAUGAUGAUGGACGUUUUCGCGAGGGAAGCCGGACAAAUGCAAGAACCGGCUGAGAGACGCAAGAGGGAUGAACUGGACCAGAGAUCAACCAGGUCACGGUGCGUAAAGGACAAGGACAUUCGAAACGCAGAUGCUGCGAGACGUGCCGAGCUCGUAGAGAGACUCAACACUCUGUCGAAGACCAUGCAGCGCAGUGCAAAGAUAUAG